CAACCAUCAAAGCGGCUUAGGUCUACAACAUUCAAACCAUCGUCGCGGCAGCUCACAUCCAUCGAGAAUGCCGCGCAUCAAAGAUCAAUCAUCCUGGCACUGACUAUCAAUCCAGUCCCUGCCAGCGGAGCAUUCCAGCCAUUUCAAACACAUCAAAGUGGCUUGGGUUCCGUCCUUUCACAUCAUGAUGGCAGCACGGCAGCUCACAUCCAUCGGGACUGCCGCACAUCAAACAUCAUCCAACCUGGCACUGAAUCCCAAUACAGUCCAGUCCAUGACAGCACAAAGACCGAUCAUCAUCAAAGUGUCUACUCACUGCUGCUCCAAAACACAAAAAACAAAUAAAAAUCGCCGCAUCUGCACUCAACUCGGCAACGGAGAACAUCUUUCCGGAUGUAAUGGUAAACGUCGGACAUGGGAACAUUUGCCUGUCUUUACUUACUUUGCCUUUCUCUCCUCCUUCACUGUGUGUGCUUUGUCAAUGUCGCGUGUUGUGGAUUGGAAGAAAAUCACGAUCCUUUCCUCGCAGCACGGCAUUGCACAGCACACACAGCACAACAACACAACACGGAAAAACCAACAGCCAUCACCGCCCUCGCGCUGGACUCAACCAGACCCGGGCUCGGUGGAUCGGUCGGUCAGUCAGUCAGUCAGUCAGCAAAGUCAAAAACAUCAUGUGACUGCUGCUGCUGCGAUUCAAUCUUGUCAUUCUUUGUACUUUACACAACCCUCGCGCUGGACUCAACCAGACCUGGGCUUGGUCAGUCCGUCAGUCAGUCAAAACAAUCUUGUAAAAAAAUCUUUCAUGUAAUGUCUGACCAUCGACACCGACUGCUCCUACUCUUUGUAUUUCUUACCCUUUUAUGUUUUUCUCACACUUCAUGUACUUGGGGGGCUCUGGUUUGAUCUAAAAAAAAAAAAAAAAAAAAAAGGUACAUACCAUCCCAUCCCUCCCAUCUCGUCACAUAAAGACAUUACACACAU